CGCUCGCGGCGGCCCAGCCUUGGGUAAGGUCACGAUGCCGUCGAUGCUGACGACAAGCGCACGCCUUUCAAUGUUCGCGCGGGCCAGACCACGCGUUGUGGGGCCAAGGAUGAUCGGCGAGGAGCUCCCUAACCUUGCCGGUGGUGACGCCGAAGGAAUCGUAUUCGCCUGCUUGUGAAAUGUCGCUUCUCUCUCUCUCUCUCUUUCCUCGCUACUUUUAUUUUUCGUUUCUUUUUUCUUCCAUCGUCGUGGUCCCAGCUUCUCCACAGGCUGUCGUUAAACGGUUGCUUCAUUUUUUUUUUUUUCGUCGUGCCAUGUCCUUUCCUUCCCCCGUCUACGCGAUUCCUUUUUUUUUUCUUUUCUCUAUCCGCGUCUUCGACUUAGAUCACGUCCGCCGUGCGAACGGCAGCCACUGUCGUUGUCGCCGCCUUGGCAAGAGUGGGCCACCGCACUCCGAGCGUGCGCGAAAAAGGCACGGUCGUCUCAGUUGCCGUCAUACAAGGAUGACCAACGGAUUACGUGUGCCAGCCAAAUAAAAUAGGUCCCACGAGUAUACGCCGCAAAAAAAGAAGAACGUUUGAGAACUUCAGUGUCGCGUACGUCUCCGACCGUAAACAAUGCCUGCACCUGUGAGCAACACCAACGGAAUCUACAAUGACGAAUCUAAGUACUUUGUGUUCAGAAAUCUCCACUACGUUCCUAUAGUCGGCUUCGUGAGCUCUCUUCUCGCCAUGCUCGUCCCUUACGCCAUCAGUGUUUACCUCGGGGACACGCCUGCGAUUCUACCGUUCAUAAGUGAUGCCGGGGGAGACCCACCGCAGAGUAUAGUGUUUGGCUUGUUCCUAGGAGCGACUUCAUUCACAGGUAUGAUAGGGAUGUACAUGAAGUACCUGAUGGUUCGGCAGCAGAACCGACACGCCCGUGACGCAAUGGUGGACAGAGUGAAUCAUCUGAGCUGCGUAGCCGGCGUGAUCGUCUGCAUCGGAGGAUUCAUCGUAGCAUUAUCGCCUACAGGGCACCUGCGCAAGGACUGCACCUGGUACUGGCCCAUGUUCGUACCGCACGUGAUCGGUGCCAUCAUGAUAUUCGGCGUCGGAUACACAACCACGGUGCUGCACAUCUACCUCCAGUACCUGACGGAUGCACGCUGGAAGACGUCGCCAGUGUUCUACAGCAGGGUGCUGCUAUCCCUAGUCGGCAUCAUCGCCAUGCUUAUCACAGGCCUCAACUGGCUUCUCUUUGACAUGAGCCUAAUGACACCGCCAAGUGGCCGAGGAAAAGUGUACCCGCAAGGAAUGCUGUGGGCGGUGUCAGCAGAGUGGGUCAUGGCGUUCAUCUUCCAGUCCUACGUACUGACAUACAUCCCGGACUUCCGCAAGGCGACAUUUGUGCUCGACAUAAAUAUCAGUGAAGUGCGCGCGAAAAAGGAAUAGGAGUAUACAGGCGUCAUGUGCGUGCUCCUCGGGACUUCCGUUGCAAGCGUUUAUGAGGGGCUACAAGGUGGCUCGUCGACGCCUGUUCUGACCAUCGGCUGUAUGAGUGUGGAGAAUCUAUUCGACCUCGCGAAUUUAUUCUACAUCAUUUUUUUUAGAAACGGACAACUGCUAGUGGCAUCGCAAUAUUUUAAACAGCCCCUGCGUGCUUCUUUACGAAAAUAAAUACUCGGCAUAGUGAA